GUGUUUAGCUUUUUGUUCACCUUUUUGUCACAAGUUUAUCGUGAUUGAUAACAAAUAUUGGCUUUGAUCUCGAAAUAGUACACGGUCAUCUUUAGCUCUCAACAGAAUCGAAGAUAACGAGUUUAUUUAUUUCAGAUUUAUUUCAGAAACAAAAAUCAACAUGUAUGUGUAUAAUCAGUGAAGCUCUCGAAUGAGUGUGAAUGGGUUAUUUGUGUCCAUUAGCGAAGAUGACAUAUUUGUAAAUUUGUGAUAUAUCAUAAUAAUACUUACUACUUUCCUAAAAAUGGAUUCUAGUAAAAAGUUUGUCAAUCCCUCGCCAGAAAUUAAAGCAAAUGUUUUAUCGAAAAUAUUUUUUUGCUGGAUCUUGCCUUUUUUCAAAUAUGGUUACAACAGAGAUCUAGAGGUAAAGGAUAUUUACAAUGUUGUGAACGAUGAUAAGGCUGGGCCACUGGGUAAUCUUUUGGAAAAAGCUUGGGAAAAUGAACAUAGGAAAGCUAAAAACGAUCACAGACCGCCAAGCCUAAAACGAGCUAUAUACUGUGCUUUCUGGAGAUCAUAUGCAAUAUAUGGAGCGUUUAUGUUCAUUGAAGCAAUUGUUUUGAAGUCUCUUCUGCCUUUAGUACUUGCCCAAUAUAUAGCAUAUUUUGAAGAGAAAAAUGAAAUCUAUGACAUGAGGCUAUGGCAACUGAAUCAUCAAGAAGCUGGGUGGAUUCUUGGUACACUUGUGAUAUUCUUAUCUUUUUUGUAUGUGGUUAUAAUCCAUUAUGCUUAUCUUUCCUGCAGAAGGAUAGGUAUAAGGAUUCGGGUCGCUUGCUGCUCAAUUAUCUACAGGAAAAUGCUCAAACUGAACCACGCCUCACUGGGUAAAACUGCUGCUGGUCAAUUAGUGAAUCUUCUGUCAAACGACGUGGAGCGAUUUGAAACAGUUGCCAGAUGGUUGCACUAUUUGUGGAUCAUGCCGAUUUCAUUUGUGGUGUCUUUUUACAUCAUGACAGACAGCGUGGGGUUAGCUUCGAUAGCUGCGAUGGUGGUGAUUGCAGUACAGGCUAUUCCAUUUCAAGGAUAUCUGUCAAAGCUACAAGGGAGAUUGAGAUUAAAAAUAGCUCAAAAAACCGACUACAGAGUGAAAUUGAUGAGUGAAAUAGUAUCCGGCAUUCAGGUCAUCAAAAUGUAUGCAUGGGAGAAGCCAUUCGAAAAAUUGGUGGAACUAUCUAGGAGGUGA